AUGGUGCCAACACCACCGUUUUUUAAGUUGGCACCGAAACAGACACAAAUUCUACGUAUUCUGAAAACAGAAGGAGGAGUUCCUUUACCUGAAGACAGGGAGUCCUUAUUUUGGUUAAACGUACAGGAAAUACCUCCCAAAGCGGAGAAAGCUGAUGAUCCCAUUUUAUCCAUUGCCUUGAACAGCAGGGUCAAGCUUUUUUACCGGCCAAGGAGUCUUGUUCAGGCGCGUAAUGGCGCGGAGAAAAGGAUGAAACUGAUUCAAAAAAGUGGUAUCACUUUUCUGAAAAAUCCGACACCGUACUAUUUUGCUAUUACAAAGGUAAAAGUAAAUGAUCAUAAUAUCCCCUUGAGUAAGGAAGAAGAAGUAGCUGUUUCUGUAAUGGCUCCGUUUAGUGAAGUGGCGGUGAAAAGCAUUCCUGCAUAUAUAAAGACGAUAAAUGUUGAAACCAUCAAUGACUGGGGAAACCUAGAGCAUUACUCCCUGAAAGGAGAGUGA